GCUUGCGCAGUGUCAGGACGCGGGCGUUUCUCUCUUUUUUUCGAAUCGGUUUUGAGGGGUAGAUUCGAGUUACAAAAUGGCGGCCUAGAGUGCGCUCCCCGCCGUUUCCCUGGUGGCGUCUGGCUUAGUGGAUGUCUCCGCGUCUCGGUGCCGAGCUCACAGACACGCGGCCCCCGGGGGACAUGGUGUUGGAGACUCCGGGCUUGCUGGCCACCAAGUCCUCCGAGGCUCUCAGCGGACCGGAAGCGGCCAGUCGCCGCUUGGGCCGCGAGCGCGGCCAUCGCCGCGGCGGCCCUGCUCACCGCCGCGCCCACGACCCAGCGAGAGCCGCGGCUGCCGCCGGAGAGGUUCGAAAAAAUGGCCAAAAGAAUUGCCGAGAAGGAGUUGACAGAUAGAAAUUGGGACCAAGAAGAUGAAGCUGAAGAGGUGGGAACGUUCUCCGUGGCCAGUGAGGAGGUCUUGAAGAACAGAGCCAUAAAAAAAGCCAAGCGGAGAAAUGUUGGAUCUGAAUCCGACAGUGGAGGAGCCUUCAAAGGUUUUAAAGGCUUGGUUGUGCCUUCUGGAGGCGGAGGGUUUUCUGGAUUUGGUAGUAGCCCUGGAGGGAAGCCUCUGGAAGGACUGUCAAAUGGAAACGGCACUAGUGCCCCUCCCUUCACUGGUUCAAGGGCAGCAGCAGAGCCCAAAGCAACCUUUGGUUCUUUUGUUACAAAUGGCCCUGCUGCCUUGGUGGAUAAAAAGAUUCCAGAUCCCAAAACCAAUGGCAACGGUCAGCAGCCCUCAUCCUCCGGCCUUGCUUCAAGCACAGCCUGUGCAGGGAGCACCUACCACAAACAGCUGGCUGCUUUGAACUGCUCGGUUCGGGACUGGAUAGUGAAGCAUGUGAACACAAAUCCCCUGUGUGACCUGACACCCAUCUUUAAGGACUAUGAGAACUACCUAGCCACCAUUGAGCAGCAGCACGAGAACAGUGGUGGCGGAAGCUCUGGAAGCGAAACGAACAGGCUGUCAGUUGACGCGCAGCCCCCUUCCCUGUUUGGGUCCACAAAACUACAACAAGAGUCAACAUUUUUAUUUCAUGGCAACAAAACCGAGGACACCUCUGAGAAGAAGAUAGAGGUUGUGUUGGAAAAGAAGACCGACACAGCACCAGAAGCAGCGAGUGUCUCAUUUAAUUUUGGCAAGAAAAUUGAUAGCUCCGUUUUGGGCUCAUUAAGCUCUGGUCCUUCAACUGGAUUUUCAUUUUCCCCUGGAAACUCCAGUUUAUUUGGCAAAGAUAUUACCCAGAGUAAACCAGUUUCUUCACCAUUUUCUGCUAAAACAUUGGAGGGUCAAACAGAAGGUGGCAGUAAUGAAUGCAAAGGUGGAGAUGAAGAGGAGAGUGAUGAGCCUCCCAAGGUGGUGGUUACUGAAGUGAAGGAGGAAGAUGCUUUCUACUCCACCAAGUGUAAACUGUUUUACAAGAAAGACAACGAAUUUAAAGAGAAGGGUGUGGGUACCCUGCAUUUAAAACCUACAGUGAGCCGGAAGACGCAGCUCUUGGUGCGGGCUGAUACCAAUCUAGGCAAUAUAUUGUUGAAUGUUUUGAUUCCACCCAAUAUGCCAUGUACCCGAACAGGGAAAAAUAACGUACUUAUUGUCUGCAUUCCAAACCCGCCACUCGACGAGAAGAGCGCCACCGUCCCUGUCACCAUGUUGAUUCGGGUGAAAACUAGCGAGGAUGCAGAUGAGUUGCACAGAAUUUUACUGGAGAAAAAGGGUGCCUGAGGGCGAAGUCGGAGGAGGAAUUGCCAGGUCGCUGCUGCCGUCUCUCCUUCAACUUAGUCAGUUUUCUUUUCUUUGACCUUCUAAGGACUUCUGGAUAACUUAAAACUGUCGUGGGGAAGAUUAAGGCCAAUAAAACCUUUCAAUGUUUUAUUUCAAUGUCAAGGAACUGUAUUCUCCCUUCUUAAGAACUGACAACUGUGCAAAAUACAUUCAAAUGAAAUUUUUUGGAAGUUUUUUUUAAUGUUCAUUUGUUUAUUAAACUAACCGUUCGUGAUUUCUUAAUGGACUGCAGUCAGGGUAUGGAUUACCUUUCCCAAAGGCUUUUCUGAUCCAUGAGUUUCGGGGUCGCUGCCAGCACUGGCAAGGCUUCCCAACAGCAGAAGCAGCAGCCUGGAAGAAACCUGCCGGUGUGGUUCUUACCUGUGGGCGCGACCGGUGUGUGAGACCAGCACUCUACCAAAUGAACCAUGCCGCCAUGCUGUGAUAGAUGUUUGCCUUUUGCUCUGGUGUAUGUUUUAUUUUCAGACUGCCAUGUGGCUGCUGAGUGUUCACUGUCAGUACAUCAUCAGCUUAUGAUUUGCAAACAUUAGCCUUUAACCCUGUGGGCUGCUUUACUGCAAUUCAGGAACUGCAUUUCCAUUUUAAAAGGAAGCAGGUUGCUCGGGGAGGAGUUCUUGGUUUUUGCAUAUCUGGUUUUGUAGUUUUUAUUCAUGAGGUGCUAUUAUUUGUUUACCCCACAGAGACAAGAUAGAAGGGGAUUAUUGCCAGGAAUGGAUUUUAAAAGCACAAAUUUGGUAGCUUAUCAUUUCUAGACCAUGGACAUCAAACCCUUAGGGAAAAAGUGAAGUCAAGUGCCCUGGGAAAGAAAAAUGUGUACAUAGCCACUGCACCUUAGGUGAGCCUGCAGAGGUAGAGUAACAGAUGAAACUACAUAAGAGGAGCUGGGAUUCCCUGGGAAAGGUGGGCUUAAGGUAGUGGAAAAGGAAACCAUGUGUGGACGUAAGAAUAAAAUAUUCAGUGUGUCCUUUUGGAGCAGUGGUUAUGCACAAGAAUAUCCACGUCCCUUCUCCAGAGCUGUCAGGUAGCUCUAACUUGCUUUGAAGACUGGGCAUGUGCAUUACGUGCAAGACUUAAGGUCUAGAUUCCCACUUUGAUUCUUUGUUCAAGUGCCAGCUGAUGCUGUUUCAGGGCUCAGGGUCACUGCCCACUGUAUAUUCUCAUCUUCAGUAUGUAAUGUGUCUGACAGAGUAAUCAAAGUUAUGUGUGGGUGCUUUUAGAAACUAGUCUUCAGGUGUGAAGUUUGGGGUACCUUGGAUGAGACAGCUGCUCUUGAGCCCCUGCGGUAAGGAGAUCAUGAGAUUAUUGCCCAUUACUAAGCGGUUUUCUGAUUCCAUUGGGAGACUGGCUUAGUGGGUGGCUUUGAAUAAAUACAUGCAGAGAAGUGUGUUGUGCUGUUAGGGAUGCGGUUCAACUUUUACUGUAUUGUGCAACCUAGGGAGGAAGUGGCAGUUAGUUUUGCAUUUACCUUUAGAAUCGAGAAUGCUCGGGGCUGGGGAGAUAGCUCAGUUGGUAGAGUGCUUACCUCGCAAGCACAAGGACCUGGGUUCAAUCCCCAGCACCGCAAAAAAAAAAAGAGAGAAUGCUCAAGAGUUUUUGUUAAAGGUGAUUUAUGGUAAGCCAGUGGUUGACACUGUUGAAUAGGGCAGGCACCCUGCCGUGUUCAUAUUAAGUUUAUCCAGCUUUCUGAAAACAAGAGGAAAUAGGAGAACAAAUUUCAGGAUGUGACAGCUGAGCUUCACCUGCUCCCCUGGCACCAGCCGGCAUGGUAGCUUGCAGGCUGCAGAGGAACGAAGCAGUGUCUGCGAGGCGGUAUGGGGCGAGCUCUGCACGUGCAUGGAUGUGUACAAAGAUGGCGUGACAGCUUGCGUGGCCCGACCUCCCUUGGAACCUGGCUGGUUCCUGAACUAGUGGAUGCGUGUGGCUUUUUUUUUUUUUUUUUUUUUUUUCCUAACAUUCCCAGCAAAUUUUUGCUGCUAAGACUAUCGCUAUUAAAGUGAGAAUUACAGGGAAAAAUGAUACGUAUACCAAGACUCAAAAUGUGAUAUUUUCUUAAAAAUUUUUAUGCUGUAGGAUCUUGUUGGACCCACUUAGUGUAUACAUAUAAAUGAACCUGAGUAUGAGUGGAUUUUAUGGUAAAAUCCAACACCUUAUAUAUUGCUUGGGGGAAGGGGCCCCUGGAGGGCUUACCCAUUUUUUUCUCCAUUGUUAGUAAUUAAUUCUAUCCUGUGGGUUAUUUUAGUCUGAUUUUUUUUUUUUUUAAUGUUAGAAGUUAGACUUUAGAAUGUUCAGUAUAGACUGAAAGUUUCCAUCUUUAGUUUGAAAACCUGUAACUUGCAUCUCAUGUGAGGCUCAUGUAUAUGUGUGCACACAUACACAUACAUGUUUUUUAAAUUCUAAGUCAGAUUUCAUCUUGAUCUCAUUCUGGAAGUGGGAACUUUAAGAGAAACAUUUUCUGUAAUAGCUGCAGAGGACAGCAACAUGUCAAGACUGGUCUUUUCUUUCAGUCCUGCACUGAGCACAGGCCUCUGUUCCUGGCCAGUGGCAGUCAUGGUAAGGACUAAGGACUCUCUGUUUGAUGCAGACACAACUGUAAGGGACAUGCAAAACUUCUUAGCAGUCAAAUUGAUAAAUUGUUUGCUUUUUAUUUUAUGCUCUGUAUCCCGUGGCCUUUUUUUCACCCCAAAGUAAUGGGUCCUUGCCAUUCCCCUUAAGCAAACGCGGGUGUUGUGUUGCCUGUUGUACUAGAACCACACUGGAAACACUGGUUUUAAAAGAACUUGAGUGUUUUACCUGGGAGGCCAGAUCUGACUGUGGACUGAUUUUCUCGAAGAGAAUUACUGUUUUUACAGUUUGAAUUAUAAACCAUAUUCUAUGCUGCAUGCCAAAAAAAAAAAAAUUGCCUGUUCUUGGAGAGAGAAUAAUCCCUCUUAGCAUUAGAAUUCAAAACAGGUUUCACCAAGAGCCUUCCAGUGUGUGCUGGAGGUCAGCAGGUCUGGUCCUUGGCGUCCUCAGUUACUCUCACAUCUCUGCAGAGCCAGUGCAGGGGCCGCGCAUUGGAAUGCUCUGCAGACUGGCUCUCUCAAACCCGAGUCUUCUCAAAGUGGACACUUCAAGGGAAAUAUGGCUUGCUCUGUCCUGUGCAGAGGACAGCAACGUGUCAAGACUGGUCUUUCCCUCCAGUCCUGCACUGAGCACAGGCCUGUGUUCCUGGCCAGUGGCAAUCAUGGUAAGGACUAAGGACUCUCCGUUUGAUGCAGACAUGACUGUAAGGGACAUACAAAACUUCUUAGCAAUCAAAUGGAUAAAUUGUUUGCUUUUUACUUUGAAUAGGAAAUUGUUUUCUAAGACUAAAAUACUUGAAUUGUCAAACAAUCUCAGUUUGUAUUAGUUUUGAAUGAUCCCAUUGAGGAAGUGUUAAUCCAUGAAAUGUGAAUAAAUGGAAAGUAAAAGUCA